AUGGCAACCCCCGAGGUGUCAGCAUGUAAGUUUUUCCUAAUCUCCUCUGUAACUUAAUGAAAUCCAGGACAUGCAGGUUUUAUUUUGAAGAUACCGAAAAUGUCAUCUCAGUGUAUAGGUAUUUCAUUUUGUAUGAGCUUUUCGAUAUUUACUUCUGUUUAUAUCACAUACUGCGACAGUGUUUUGUGCAUCUCAAAUUCCUUAUUUAGCCGUCAUGCUUGUUGUUUUGUGAAUCUUUCAUAUCAUUGACAUUAAGCUCAUGUAACUUCACACAAAACCAUAUGAAUUAGGGUCACACUUUUUAGUUUAAAGCAGCAUUAUGGAAAAAGGUGAGUGUUUGAACAUUAUGCCAACAAAAAUGAAUGUUGUGGUUUUUAAUGUCCUUUUUUGUCCACAUGAAAACUCACAAACUCUAGAAAGUUUGAUUUCCUUUCAUAAAAGAGGAAAAUUAUGCAGUUAGUUGACACUCCAGAUUAUUAUUGUUUUUUUCUAACAAAUAUUUGAAGUAAAAUGCAAGACUUUUGUAGUCACCUAAACAGGUUUAAACAUAGCUUCCAAAGAAUUGUAGUAAAAUGCAUAUGCAUGUUAGAUGACUGUUUAGGAGGACAAAGUUCAGACAGCAGAUGAUAAAGAGACAAUAUACUGUAGGCGCAGUCAUGUUGAUAUUAUUGUCUCUGUAACCAGAGGAGUGGAUUCUUUCAGGAGGGAGGAUACUUUAAUUAUAUCUCCUCUCAAUGUUCUUGCUUUUCUGAUUCCCAGGGGACAGCUGGUGCACAUCUCAUUUAAGGAUUGUCCUCCUUGGUGGCAGAAACUCUGGUAAGAGCUCAGUGGGAAACCUCAUCCUUGGCCAUGAGGAGUUUGUCACCAAAGAGAGGACGUCAUGCUCCCGCAGGCUGGGUGUGGUUGGGGGUCGGUGGCUCACAGUGGUGGACACACCUGGAUGGUGGUGUGACUUCAGUGCUCGGGACACACCUGAGCUGGUGAAGAGGGAAAUCAUCAGCAGCGUGUCUCUUUGCUCACCGGGUCCACAUGUAUUUCUAAUUGUCAUCAAAGCCAGCUCAGCCUUCUCUGCGAGGCGCCGCAGGGCUGUGGAGGAGCAUGUGGCCCUGCUCGGUGAGAGCGUGUGGCAUCACUGCAUGGUGGUGUUUACCUCUGCCGACAGAUUUGACCUCACAGAAGCAUCAGAGCUCUUACAAUCGAGGACUGAAGCCCUAAGCUGGCUCAGUGAAAAGUGUGGUCACAGAAUCCACAAGAUAGACCUGGGCGAUGAAGCUGUAGUCCCCAAACUGUUGGAGAAGAUUCAGGAAGUAGUCACUGCAAAUGGGAACAAAGUGUUUGAAAUGCAGGAAAAGGUUUUACUUGCAGCUGAAGAGGAGAAAAGGAGGGUGGAGGAGAAAGCUCAGCAGAGAUAUUUAAGAGUGAAGAGACACAGAGGCCUCAUGAGAGGUGAGUUAAUCUUUAAAAGUUCUGCUUUUUUUGGCUGAAAUAUCGACUAGUCAUCCUUUUGCAGACUGUAAAUAAAGACAGUCUACCUCCCAGGAAUGCAUUAAAUAAUAUCUGUGCUGCUUUUGAUGCAAAAGCUGCAAGUUGAAUAUUUUCAUGGGACAAAGCUGAUUCAAAAAACACACAUGCAUAAGGAUGCUUUUCACUCUCUCUGUCUUCAUGUUUAACUUUAGUGUUUUUUUUUACUAUUAACUUUUUAGUAUGACUCAAAUAAAAUACUUUUAAGGUAAAAAGAUGUUUUUUGUCUCCUCUAGCUGAGAGGAAAAGUGCAGGAUAAUGCUCAAUUUGACCAAACACUGUAUCCGGCAGACUGCAUCAAAACACAAGGAAUCAAUUAUAUGGUCCUGGACAACAACUGUUGUGUAUUAAUACUAAUAUUUAAAGUUGCUGUCAGGAACUUUUGGCUCCACCCUUUGAGAGUCUGGAAAGUAGUGUUUCCAGACAAAACCCCAACCCUUUUGAUUUUCGAUGCAUCACUUUCUGGAAGUGUUUGUUUUAAAAACUGUUUUUUUAGUGUGCUGUCAGUCAUCUGGUUACCUGUAUAGCAGUUAAAGGCAUUAAAAAAUCACAGCAGAGAGAAUAUCAGUCUGGUUGCUGAUGGUCUUUUUGUUUUUAGGGCUUAUAUAGAGAUACAUAUAUUGAUUUCACCUUUGCAUCAGUCAGGAUAAACACUAAAGCUACUUCACAUUCUUCAUAUUCUUCCCUUUGCUCAGUCUAAAGUCUUUCCUUUAUUUUAGAGAGGCUGCGGCUCAGUCCUGACAUUCGUAUUGUGUUACUGGGAGCAAGGGGUUCUGGAAAAACUUCUUCAAUGAGCACCAUCCUGAGCAGAGAGAGCGCUCAGUCAGAAAGGAGAACAGCCCAGUGCCAGGUGGGAACAGGAGUGGUUUUUGGGAGACAGGUGACUGUGGUGGACACACCUGGCUGGUGGAUGAACUACUUCUCUGAUGAGACCCCUGUUUUUGACCGGAGGGAGAUGGUCCUCAGUUUGUCCCUGUGCCCCCCAGGCCCUCAUAUCUUCCUGCUGGUGAUCCGCAUGGACAGGGCCUUCACAGAAACCUACAGGAGAGCAGCUCAGGAGCACCUCCAGCUGAUCGACCAGCACAUCUGGGGUUGUGUCAUGGUGCUAUUUAGUUUUGGGGACUGGCUCGGAGGGACGACUACUGAGCAGUGCAUUGAGAGUGAGGGGGAGCCUCUGCGGUGGCUGGUGGAAAGGUGCGGCAACAGGUAUCAUGUUCUGAAUAAUAAAACAACAGGGGAUGGAUUUCAAGUCAGAGAACUGAUUGUGAAGAUUGAAGAAAUGCUGGCUGGCUGUGGCCAUGGGCAGCAUUGUGAAAUCGAGGGGAAAGUGGUGGAGCAGCUGGAGGGGAGCAGGAGGAGAGAGGAGAUGAGAGCCAAGGACAGACUGGAGAGGAAGGAGAAACAAAGACAGAAGGCGAGGUCUCAUCUGGGUGAGUUUAAUACAUUUAAAAGCCAGUGCAAUCUUAUUUUACUCAUCUAAUAUUAAAUACAGCUGUCGAGAUGAUCUUUUUUUGCCAGUUUGUUGUGUAUUUAACAGGAUUUUAAAACUUUUCUCCAUCAGAGAGGCUCAGCUCUUUUUCAGAGCUGAGAUUAGUGCUUCUUGGAGGCAGGAAAACAGGAAAAAGCUCAUGUGGUAACACCAUCCUAAGCAGAGAGUGCUUCCAGACAGAAAACCAAACCACCUCCUGUUCAGAAAAACAAGCCAGAAUCAGCGGCAAGAUUGUGGCCGUGCUGGACACACCUGCCUGCUUCCCUGUGACCUCUGACUUCCUGGUACCAUCCUGUGCCAUCCUCCUGGUUGUCAACGGGAGCUCCUCUUUCAGAGAGACCCAUAUGGAGUUCUUGGAGACACAGAUGGAGGCAGGGGGAGACCAAAUGUGGAGAAAAGCUGUGGUUCUGUUCAGCUAUGGGGACUGGCUGGGCAACACAAGCAUCGAGCAGCGAAUCGAGAGCGAAGGAGAACCACUGCAGAGGCUGGUGGAGAAGUGUGGGAACAGGUACCACGUCCUGGAUAAUAAACAUUUGGGGGGAGGAGCUCAGGUGAAGGAGCUGAUUGAUCUGGUAGAGGAGAUGCUGGCUGAAGAAAGGAUGGUGGCUUUACACAGAGGAGACUGCCUCAUGUGGAAAAAUGUUUGUUCAUUUGGGGAGCAGCAGCCAGAGGCAGUGACGCUGUGUGAAGAAGAUUUAACAAGCUGCAGACAUCAGCUGGCUCCUGAAUGUGAGUAAACCCAAUGCACCACUGUUUCACCAACAUAUUAUGUAACACCAGGUUGUUGCAUUUUGUAGUAGACUCGAGUUUAAAAUGACUAAAUACCUUUAGAGCAGAAGUUCCUGGACUCUGGGAUCCCGAUCCAGGGGCUUGGGCACAGGACUAAGAGCUUAUCCUGUACCACUCAGUCCCAUGUUACAAGUAUUUCACAAAGUAUCAUUGCACUGCUGAUCAAGUGUUCAGAAGCUGAAAAGACAAUUGUACAUAAAAAUCUGGAGAGACUUACUGUCAGAUUUGUGUUAAAUAACAUGUUUAUGAUUUUGCUGUCGGCUAAAUUCUUAGCUAACAUUUCUGCAUCUGAAAAAACACCAUGGGGUAAGUUCACGGUUAUUGGCUACAAGAAAUAAUCAACCAGCAAACAAGGAAGCUAAAGUUCAAGUCAUUGAGAAAAUCUGAUUGGACUUUUCCUUGAAAAACCAAUUGAUCUUUUGCAUUUGAUCAUUGGCUAACUAAAAAAAGAAGGAUGUGUGAUUUGAAAGGAGUGGCAGAAAUUUACAGUAACUGAGAUUUUAAGCUAGGCAAUAACAACAGAAAGGACGAGUAUGGAGGGACAGUGGGCUGUACUAAAUUCACAAUAGCAUCACAAUAGUAUGGUUCACUAGCAUUGCUGACACCUAAUGUUAGCAUCCAACCAUGUUUGGGAAUUUUCAGCUUUUGAAGGCUCCUCAUGUGGCUGACAAACGAGUCAGGGACUGCAUUUGGACACGGACACACUAUUUUGUCUGUGCAGGAAAUGUGUCCCUCGAGGCUUAUUUUUCAUAAGCCGUGAAGGACACACCCGAUACAUCCUUUGGCAGCCCUACACAACUUGUGAUUCUCUGUCAGCUGAAUCAAGAUCAUAGAUCAAGUGUUGAUUAUUAGUAUUUAGUUUCAGGUCAAUGGAAUGACAAGCAACACAAAUGCUGAAAAGUCAUGUGCCUUAAAGGCAUAUUCUGGCGUAAGUUUGAGUCAUGGUCAAACACACUGUAACACACAGUUAGACACCCCCUCGAGAGUUGAAUUUUGCAGACUGUUUGCUUCUCUGGUUACACCAACUUUAGUAACGACUGCACGAUAGCAAUACACAGCGGUCUGUGGAGCCACAUGCUCAACCAAAAAGCCACUCUAUAGCCACAAAUAAUGCUCAGAACAGCACCUAACUUCAUUAACAGUACAUAUAGGGUCCCAGCCACAGCACUAGCCAUCAAACAUCUUUUUCGCUUUGCCUAUUUUCUUUAGCAAAGACACCAAACACAACUCACCCACUCUCCUCCAGCAGCCACUUUUUUGUGGAGGAGCCCUGACGAGUCGAUCACCCAGUGCAGCAGAGUUUCACAGCUCAAGGAAGAAAAUUUAUAAUUAUUACUUAAUGGAAAUGCAAACGUAAUUCUUGUGUAUCUUGUAUGUGCACUGCAGAUGCGGUCGUUCUUCUGCCUUAGCGUCUCGGUCUGACUGAAUUUUAAGUGAGUUGUUGUAUCUGUAGCCCUGUUGUCUUUGUAAUGUCAGAGAUAAUAAUGUUUUCUAAAGAUAACUAAUAGAAAAGUUACAAUUAAAUAAAAACCUGGUGAUAGAAAAUGUAUUUGUAAAUAAUGAUAAGGAGGAGCAGAGCAGGCGUGCAUAUAUCUGCCCUGAUAUAUUAACUGAUUAUAGCUAUUAAUUGAUAAACUAAAGGUGUGUUUGAUAAGGUAUUAUUAAUUAGUUCAUUAUUUCUUGUAAAGUAUUCUGUAAUUUUCAAUUUGAUGUGAGAAACAAGUUUCAAAAAGGUUAGGAUGCUGACAACAAAUCACUAAAAAAGUUGUAACGUUAAAAAAGGAAAAUACUUUGAGGAUCAGUUUCCAACGAUUUUUGUAAAUAUGCAACAGGUUAGAAGCAUAACUGUGUAUAAAAGGGCAGAGUUUUUCCAGAAGUAUACUGUAGUUAGGAAGACAUUUAUCACUCUGUGAGAGACUGCGUUGGCAAUUAGUUCAAUUUCAGCCAAUGUGCCUCAGCUGAAAACAGCGAAGAACUCCAAGACUUGAAUCUGGAGAAAUCUCUUUACAAGUCAGUACAGGUAAGCUGUGAUCUUUGGGCUCUUGGGUGGCACUACAUUAAUAAGACAUGACGCUGUAGUGGAUAUCACUGCAUCUAAAAACCAUUGUAUGUGAACACAGUAUUUUACUGCACAGUCAAUACAAAACACAGAGAGGCAAAGACACACCUAUAUAUCCAAACCUCACCUGAUACGGUCUGUCGUAGAAAAUUCAGUUUAUUAUGUAACUGUGAGUCAGCAUGUCUGAGAGAUACUGUGAUAAGCACAUUUCUUUUAUUACAGGAUGGGUGGAGAUGAUAAAAUCUAAUGUGAGCCAUAAAAAAAUAAAACAGUUUUCAUCAUUUUCUUUACAGUGACUCAAACAGCUGGUUCAACAACUCAUGCGUCUAUAAACAAACCAGAUAGUGGUGGUCACUUGAUGGCACUAUCAGCUGGAAAUUCAGGUGGAAGGGCACGCCUCAACCUUUUGGAGAGAGACAGCUUCAAGUCCUGCUUGUCCAUGAUAAUUUCUGGUCGAAAGAGCGUGAGAUUGACUGUAGAUCUACCCGUCUGGAGUCCUACAGAUGGGCUUCACCUGGGAUUGAACGGUGAAAGCCAAGUGCAUCUGCUUUCCUCCAGGCGUCCAAAAAUACUCCUGGCUCUGCCUCAAACUCAGCUUGGGAUGCCCACUGAGGAAAAUGUAUUGAGUGUGAAUUCCCUCUGCCAUCCCGCUCUGUGGGAACGGACUCUCAGGAGGCUCACUGAGUCUGGAGGUCUGCAGGUGCUCAUCGAUCAGUGGGCUCACAACAGCAGCCUGGAGGAGCUGGAGGCUUUCAUUGAUGACUACUUUGAGCAGAUCUGGGAGCAAACUAUGGAGUCAUGUCAGCCAAGUGAGCCUGAGCAGGAUUCUUCCGCAGAGGACACAGACAGUGGACAGGCUGAUGUCCUCUCAUCCAUCAACAGGAGGCUCUCAAAGCUGGAGCUGCUGGAGGAGAUCAGGACAGAUCUGGGUGAGCUGAGGAAGAGUCUGGAGCACAGCUGGAGGGUCACAGAGGAGCUGAGAGCAAAGUGUAAAGAAGAGGAGAGUCAAAGUGUAGAAAGGGAUGAAUCAAAGAUGGAGUGAGUUGUCCUCUAAUCGAGUCAGAUAUUAGAAAAAUGCAUCUUUUGAUCAGUAAGCUCUGAUUACAUAGUCUACACUUGGCACUUGAAGGACUUUGGGCUCCCUUUAGGUUCCCACAUAAUGCUUUCAUAAUUUACUUCUAGAGCUUUUUUUUAAAGUUUGCAUGUUGUUGGUGACUUUGUUUUGAAAACUUUUGGUAUAACAAAAAAUCUCUCAGGGUGGAAUCAGGGUUUAUUCACUCCUCAAAGGAGAACGGUCUUCUCCUGAAAGUAUGCAAGUCAAGGUGUUUGUCCACAAGGGGGAGCUCUUGUUUAAGAUGUUAAGUGGCCAGAGACAUGUCAUGGUUGCGAUUCUGGUUUCCCAGUAUCUCUGUGUGCACAACACAUCUUUUAACAAUUUAUGCAUUGUGUUUCUUUUUUUUUUUUUUUUACCUCUAUAGUUUUUGGCGCAUUUACCCCAAUGUCAAAGUUUAAAGCCUGUAUAUGAUUUCUGACUUUGAACCUCCCUGCCUGUAGUCCAAUAAUAUGUCAACCAAACUUAAAAAAUGACACCUCACCUCAAGACUUAGACCCCUCCUAAAGGUCUGUGGGAUAAGAGGCUCAGGAGUAGUAUAGUAUAUAGAAAUAUUAGAUGUAAGAAGAAGACCAAAAUAAAAAUAAUAGAAAGAAAGAAAUCUAAAAGAUUGUAAAUACGUGGAUGUAAUAUCACUUCAAGUUCUUUGCUCAAGAGCAUGAAGUGUUCAGCUGUCAUUUCUGUACUGGAGGCGUGGAUGAGGCCUUUUUUAAAUUUAGAUUUGAAGGGAUCUGAGUAAGAUUUUAGUCACACAGUGUCUUGUGAUUUAUGAGUGAGGACGUCAUUACACCAGGAUGACAACGGAGGUCAAUUGGAAGUAUGAACAGCGGUCCUAGUCACAUGGAGGAUGAGGCUUUGCCUUAUUUGAGCACACAAUGGGCCAUGUAGUAUAACACCGAAAUAAGAGCUCCAGGAGAAAAUCUGUGAUUUUGGACGGAGGAGGAAGGAAACAGAUGAUAUCUCUUUGGAAAUGCAAAUGAUUAAAAUCCCUUCUCAGGUAUUAAGGGAAGGUCACUGUUAAGUUUUGGAAAACUGGAAGCGUCAAUAAUUGAAUAUGGCAGGCAGAGAUGUGGCUGUUUGUUUCUCUGGUAAGUCAAUCACCUUCCUUAUAAAAGAUCCCCUGCAGCUUGGCAGCGUAUCACACCAGCAUCAAAGCCACAAGCGGUUGAAAUUAACUGUGUUCAUCAAGGCCACAUGUGUGUUUCGCCCAGUUUACAGCUCUGACAAUGGUUAAAAACAGGAGGUCUAGCAUUUCCUUUGUUGAGGAAACCAAAAAUCUGCACAGCUUCAGUUUUAAAGGCUUUCUUUCCUGAAUCAAAGGACUUCAAGUGAGUCACACAUAGAGGCGCAUACGUCUGCAGAAUAAGGAGACUAACAAGGUUUCUGACAGAGUAAAUACAGUGACAGUCCUCCGCUGUCAAGGCCACUCAAAUCCCUUGAAUUAAAGUAUUGUAACACCAGGAGGCACAUGGUUAUCUGAAAAUGUAGGGAAAGUAGUUUGAUCUACCUGAUCUGGGUGUGACACAUAUCAGAAAAUAUCAGAAUCUCAAUGCAUCCAGUUUCUGUUUAAUCUGCUGGCAUGUGACAGUGUCAAAACUAGGUUAUAAGGUAUACUUUGAUGUAAUUGGAUCAAGAUAUGUGAAAAUGAACACAACAGUGUCUGACAACAAUCCCUAUUUGCAAUAAACCUCAUUGUACCUCAUUCUUACUUUAGUCAGCUUUUUGUGUGGUUUUACUUCACUUAGGGGCUGAGCAUCGUUUUUAUCCACUAAACCUGUGCAAAUGUGACAAAAGCACAAUUUUCUUAUUCAUAAAGCAUGCCCAAAGGGUGAAAUGUUCCACAAACUGCACUCCAGACUGAAAUGGACCAUUAUGCAUUCAUUUGGAGCAAAGCAUUCAUUAAAAGUCUGUGCAAAUAAGCCUUACUGCAAGAAAAAUAGAUAACUAAAUAAACAGACAAUGACAAGAACAACAAAAAGAUUCUGCCCUGUCAGUAUCAAAGUACCUGUGUCGGUCUAGAUGCUGAUUUUAGCUUACAAACAUUCUCACAAUGACGAUGUGAAUCUACACUUUCUCUGAUUGUUUGGUUUGAAAGUUUAUGAACUUUUGGUAAUCAGUACAAAACCAAAUGCAUUAGGCAGAGUGGACCUGAAUCUGAAUCAGAGAAAGCAAACUUGUGUGACAAACAUUAAAAUAAAGCUAAAAAAAAAAAAAAAAGAAAGAAAAACUGGUGUUUUAGCAGAAUAUGUUCAUUAUAGAUACAUAAACAGAUAAAGACAUCUCUGCACAACCCUAGCAUUGGUAGUGUUGGUAUUUUGCUUAUAGUUUUAUGGUGCAAUGUCAAAAUGUUGUGCAUGCACCAGGUGCAAUUAAUGUAUCUUUUUAGGGUUGUUUUAGUGGCCAAAGCUGCACAAGAAUCAUGCAUGUUAACACAUUUUAAACCCAAGUCUAAACAGGGUUUUGAGCUGCAUUUUAAGAUAACAGCUUUUGGUUCAGUUGUCAAUAUUCUUUUCCACUUGCAGUCCAAAUUAAUUCUUGUUUUUUAAGGUUUUGCCAAAAUGUUGUUGACCCAGCACCCCAAAAACUUCAAAAUGCUGAGGAUGAAGGAGCUGUCUGUUUCCAAGAGACACUGUGAAGAUGGACUCAUGGGAAGAAUAAUGGCAUAAGGGCUGAUUUGUAGGCAAUCAUGGUCUCUUUUUCUCUGCCAGUCUUCAUCUUGUGUGUCUCUCCCUCUCUCUCUCUGCAUUACACCUUUCUGGACGUCAUUACUCCUUCAGCCCCCUCUCUCCCUGCUGUUUUAUCAUCCAUCUUACCCUGUUGUCAACAUGUCAUUCUUCCUCUCCUUUCUCCUGCCGCUCGAUUUCUCUCAGCUCAUUCUCGCCUCUCUGUCCCCCCCACAUUCUCUUUUCAGUUCUUCAUCCCCUGGACUCCCCUGCUCCUCUCAAAUCAAGUCGUGAGUACUCAGCCCCCCUCUCUCAUUAGUUCUGCAGCCUGAGAGGAAGCACAGGAGAAAUGGAUCCCCUCUCUCUUUCUGUACUGUGAAAGCUGUUUGGAAGGCAAUUCUGGACCCACAUUCAUCUCCAUUAGCAGGACAACACACCAACCAGGAUGACACCCCCACUACCACCACCUCACUACCUUGUAUCACGUUUCACUGCCUGCUGUUUUUCCAGGUGGAAAAAAGGAAGCCAGGCGGAGAGAUAGACAGAGGCUAGGAAUAUGUAUGGAAAAGCAGGAGGAGUGAUUUAGAGUGUAUGUAAAGGAUUUGUCCAUCCUCCAUUACCCUCCAUGCUCUGAAAUGAGGGAGUCCCACAGGGGUGAUGUCUGGGACCCAGUGCAGUGUUGACCAGUGCACCUCAGCAGGGGGACUGAACUUUUUUUUACCCCUUCCAGACCAUAAAGAGAGUCCCCACAGGGGUGCUGAUUUGUCAAGGAGGUUUUAGGCUGAAAUUGAGAGUAGAGAACAGAUACAGCUGUAUCAGGUGAUCAGACCAGGUUAUGGGUGUGUGAGUCACAUUUUUGGGAGUUUUGUUCCCUGAAAUGGAGACUAAGUUCAGGUCAAAGCUGUGAGAAAGAACAGGGAGUCUUUGGGGAUGCUGCAUAUACUGUAAAGAUUGGAUAAUACAUCCAACAUAAAGUUAAAUAUUCAUCCUCUAUAUGUUACAGUUGUGGUCUCCAGUAAAUAUUUUAAAAACUGUUAUUGAGGAAAAAAAAGAUAAAUUUCAAGACAAAUCUUAAAUUACCCAAGACAAAUCCGAAGCAUAGUCAAAAAACAUGUUUUUAGCCCAGAUCAUUAGGGUCUUUGGGGUCAAGUUUGACAAAAUCAAGCAACAUACAUUUUCUCCAUGACUGAGUGUGUAACCAUUUCUGCGAGACUGGGUUUGAGAAUUCAUCUGUGAGCUCUUGAAUGAAGAGUUGCUUGUACAGGGUGUGCCUGUUCCUGACACUCAAAAUUUAUUAACAGAGAAACUUGGUUCCUUAGUCUAGUAAAUCUGUCUGAUAUUUUAGAGGAAAGUCACAAGCACAUGAAGUUGGAGGGCAUGGAUUAAUGUCCUACAAAGCUGACUCUUGCACCAAGUCACACAAAGAUUAGCUUGACUAUGAACUUAGUCCUUUUGCUAUAAGAGUGUGUGAACUGGAGGGUAACACAAGAAAGUGUGAGCUCCUUAUUUCUUUGGCAAAAUAUUACAAAACUCACAAAGGUUGAUGACCUAAUUGAAGACUGAGUCCGUCACAAUGCUUAAAGCUUUAAUUGUUCAGAUUACACUUGUACAACCAGAGUCUUAAGACUCAUUUUAUGGCUCAUAUUCUGCAUGAGAGUUCACAUGUACACAUGUAUCUGUAUCUGGAGGCUUAUGGUCAAGACCAUGAGUCGUCGUCUCACAACUAUAUGGUUGGCAAUUUGAUUCCCCCCUAUUCCUAGUCUGUCCAUUGCAUCCUUGGAAAAGACACUUGGAAAAGACCUACCUUUUUCCCAGUGCGUGUCAUUCGCUGGUGUAUGAUUCUUAUGUACGUUGCUUUGGAUAAAGCGUCUGCUAAAUGACAUUGUAAUUAGCCAAAUGUUGCAGUACCACAUGAAAUUGUUGGGGCAGUGUUGAGCAGCUAAUGAUUUAAGUAAAUAAAUACUGAUGUUGGGGCUCCUGGCCUCAUUGAGACCUCAUCACAAGAUCACACAGAGCCUGUGGGAACAAUUUCACUAAAAUGGUUUAAGAAUAGUCUGAAUAAAUCCAGACUUCAAUGUGAAGGUGAUGGAGGAGAGUGUGCGAGGAGUAAAUGAGGUACAUUUAGCUCUGCUGCCACCUGGACGGGACCAGAACAACCCAAUUCACUCACACUCAUACACACACAUUCAGGUCGCACCCUCUUACAUCUUCCCAAAUCCCCGUCUGUCACAGAGCCCCAUCAGGAUAUACCGGGUCAGGGAAAACCUCAAGGGCAAAGUUCAGGAAACAAUUAAGGGGAAAUAACUGCACCCCGAUGGACUGAAUUCCAGCUCGGUUUUGAAUAUUUGUCUGUUUCUCAGAUGGUCUCACUCGUUAAAUCAUUAACCUCCAGACUGGAGACCACAAAAAGAGGAAAAAGCAACACAGUUGUAGGUUAAAAAUUUAGACGCCAUCUGCUUCACAAGUGGCUAUUACAAGAGUUAUUACUGAGAGGGAUGAGAGAGAGACCCUGUAAAUCAAUGGAGGCUUAUGGGUUUGUGGUUUGACCCUGAAGUCCGCUUCACCUUCAGACACUGAGUCGGUAGAGAGAGGCUUUUACUGCUCUAACAGUAGAGGAUAAUUAGUGUAGAUAUGUGAUUGGAGCUCUGGACAUGUUUUUAUUUGAUAUUAUCAAAAAAUAUUCACAGGUCAGAAUAAAUCACCAAAUAUGAGGGCCCUGUUGAUAGUCUCACAUGAUCGAUUUAAACAAGGUUCCUCAGUUGUUUGGUCUACUUUGGUGUACACCGCACAGAAACUGGGUAUAAACCAUAGGAGAUUUUGCCAGAAGGAGGCACUGGGGUGGGAGAAAGGCUCAAAAUUAGCAUGAUUAUCCUCUAAUGUGUACUGAAGCGUAUUGCAUUCACCAAAAAAAAAAAGAAAAGAAAAAAGCUCUGUUUUUCAGAUUAAUUUUUUUUCUUUUCUGUUUUUCAGAAUAUCCCCCCCCCCCCCAUUUUUCAGACUAAUUUUUCUGUUUUUCAGACAGUUUUUAUUGUUUGUUUGUUUUGUUUGUCAGACUAAUUAAUUUUCCUACUUUCUGGGCUCAUGAUCAUUUAAAAAUGGAAGCUUACAUCCCCUUCUGCUCAAUGUUUUGGAAGCAAAUAUGGCCCACUUGUUUACGCCAGAUAGAUGGAUUCAUCAUACGUUUUUCUACUUCGCACAGGCACCUCAGGAUUUGCAUACCCAAUGUUUAACUAAUAACAUGCUUUACUCUUUUUGACCCCAUAGUUAAAGUUAUCUAGGAGCUGGAGAAUCUGCUGAUGGUUGAUGGUGGCUGAUGAUGGUUAACGUUAUCUGAUUGUAUGAGAUUCUCACAGGAUUUUGAAGUACUGCUUAGUUCGGAAGAAAAAAAAACAGAAAAGAAAUAGCACAAAAAACAGAAUAAAAAUUUGUCUGUAAAACAGAAAGAAGGGAAAAAAUAUAAGUACAAAAAACGAAGAAAAAAUAGUCUGAAAAACAGAAAAAAGAAAAAAAUUAGUUCGAAAAACAGCAAUAAAUAAAUAAAUAAAAAUACUCAAAAAAACUGUUUCCUUUUUUUUCAUUUGGUAAGUGAAUGCAAUAGGGUUACGUAACUGUGUGCCCCUCAUCAGAAAAGGUGUCUGUUUUUCUUGUCAAUGCUCUCAAAUAUAUUCAGAUGAAGCAAUGAAGGGAGGGUAAAUAAGGGGACCUCAGGUUCAUAGGCUAACAUGUGGAUGUGUUUAUUUGCUGGGACUACAUUUACAAGCUCAUGGAGCUUGUUUUACACAUGACAGGGUCCAUGAAUUUAGUCUGGAACUGAUACAAUCUUUGACAUUAUAUUCAUCUGUAGCUCCAUUAUAUCACCACCUCCUGGUCUUUUUUCUCACCAGUAAACAAACAGACACUCUAAUGGAAGAGUCUGAGCUAUGUGGCCUGAAUGUCAACAGUCUACAGGGAUUUAAAGAAGUUAUUGGGAUGCAUGGUAUGUCAAGAAAUAUGUAUAGCUAUCCUUGCAAUAAAACGACAAAAUGGACAUAACAUGAAGACGAGGAAACCCAGGUGACUGAAUACGAAUUUUAUGUUUAGAGAAAAGCAAAAAAUAGCAGGUUGACAAACACAAUAUUUGAACUCCUAUUAAAUCGAGCGGACAAACACACUGUGCAAAGAUUUAUUUGUGUCUGUGUUGAGGAUUUCCAGGACAUUAGCAGCCAGCCAUGCACACUGGCUGAGUGAACAUGACCUACCACAGAAGGUCACGGCCUUUGAUCGCUGCUAAUGAGACGAAAGGCAUGCUGGACCGGAACGAUAACAUGACUACACAUCUAACAAACAAGUGUAAAAGUACACAAAUUCACCCAUUAGAGUUGCAUAGUGCAUGCAGAAAUAAAUCCUAUCAAGAUGGGGAAAUAAUGAACUUAUGCACUCAUGGAUUCACAUGUAUAAGAAGUGAUUAAUUAAUCAAAUUAUGGCUUUUGUUACUCAAUAUUAAUUAUGUUAUUGAAUAAUAUUGAGCUGUUUGUGGAAGCCUGGGGAUCAGGAGGAUCAAACUCUGGAAGGAAAGGAUGCCUGGAGGAAGGUAAAGAAAGGGGAUCAGGUUAUCUGUGAUUGCUAUUCGAUACCAUCCAAGCAGCUAAUCGUAUUACUCUUCUAUCUGAGCCCUGAUGUCAAUACUCUUUCUCAGUUUGCACUAGUCAACACUUCACUACCGCUCCUCUUUGCUCUGGUAUUCAUUCAUAACAAAAUCUCUCUUUCUUUUUCUGGAAAUAGUGCUUCCCUUCUUCCAGGUGCUUAAGACGUCAACAGCAGUGUCUUUUAUGAUCCCAGGAUGCUCUUACAGACCAAAGGCAGCCUAAAAAGGGUCUUGCCUCAUUCAGGGAUGUAAAACUCCUUUGAUCCAUGCCUGGGACAAAAAGUGUGCAAAUGUGAGUGUCUCACUCUGCAGGAGCUUAUACGCAGAUGUCUUUUCUACUCAGCAAACAGUGACAAUAAAACUUAAAUCUGGCAUUCUUAAAGUACUUGACUGGCUAUUUCUUCAUCCUUUAACAAUAGCUUGUCUGAUUGAUGUGAGGAGAACUGAGCAUUUGUCUACCAAGGUGCCGGCUGCACUCACCGGCUGAGUGAGGAUUAAUGUCUCCAUAGACAUCAGGGUUCGAAAUCACUCCGUGCCAUCAAUAUUCCAUCACCAUCACCCCCAGUGAAGCAGCUCAUCCAUUUGGCUGAUUAUAGUGGUUAGCUGAAGCAUCACCAUGAAAAGGAUGAAGAAAAGCAGCUAAGGGAGCAGAAAAGCACUACUUUUCUCAAUUACGGUGUAUCGUAAAUGUCCUUAUCUGAGGCGCGUGAGGUGAAAAGAAAAAAUUAUUACUUACCGGGAAAAAACGAUGCUCUCAAAGCCUCUUUAAACCAAUCUUGGUUGUCAUUUUAAGGCCAGCAGGAUGACCAAGGUGAGAACUGACAUGAUCAGACAAUAAAAUAUGACAAGUGAAAUGAAAGCGCCACAGCGGGAUCAUAAAAAGGUCAAGGUAAUUGGAUGCAGUAGGCUGUCCAGCAAUUAAAGCAUCAUCUGGUUCCCUGAACAGUAAUAAAAGAUAAGGGAUUUACCGUUACAGUCCUCCAGAAACUUGUCAGGGUGAGCCUUAGUUAUUCUAUGGAAGCCUGUUUUGAUGAUUAGAUAUUUCUUUGCAUUGAUUUCAUGUGAUUUCACAAAAUGAGCCUUUACUGACUGUCAAUAGAUUUGCACUAUAGUUGCAGCUACUCUUACUCAAACUACAGCAACAACCUGAAAAAAUGCUAUUUUGGAGUGUCUAAUGGCUGUGCACUCAUGUUACAAACAAAUAUGUUUCUCUAUGUUGUUUUAAACCCAGUUUGGUGGUCAGCUCACUCACUCUCAAAUCAGCGCCACAGAUUAUUUGCAGGUUUUGGGAGCUUUACUUUACACUAAUUCUGCUGAUGCAAAUCAGACUAAGAGUCAGAUUCAUUUUUAUUAUCAUCUAUAGGAGAAACCAAAUGUCACAGUUGGUGCUAAAGAAACAUUCAAGACCAAGCUCCAACACGCUCAAGCAUUACAACAACACACAACCCAUUUACUCUUAUUUGCACGGGCUAUUUGGUGCAAUUAUGUCUGUGGGCACAAACCUCUGAAAUCAUGUCUUUCUGCAGAUCUAAUUGUCUGUAUCUGUGGCCACAGUGGAGGAGGCUGGAGCACAGUGGGUGGCAGGAGUCGUGUGCUGUAUUCAGUGCUUUGCAAGAGGUGGCAGUGUCAAAAAAAAAAAAAAAAAAAGAAAAAAACAGGCAAGUUGGUAAUGGAGGGAAAGACUUUUUUAGAUUAAGUGUACUUGUUUUUUGUGCGGCUGCUUCAAUGGUGAAGGAAAGGCAAGCUGAAACAGUGGGUGGUGCUGAAAGAUGGGCUAGUUUUGAUGAAAGAGUCAAGCAUCCUAGACAAGAAGCUAAGCAAGGAGAUAAAAGGAGUAAUUAGUAGAGAAUUUUUGAGUCAUGAAAAGACUACUGAAACAAAUUUAACGAUUUCAUGUAACUGUAUAGAAAUAAGAACAACCUGCCUCCAUUUCAUCCUACUGUAAAAAAAAAAAAAAUGAAAAUGCUGCAGCAACAGGUGCUGCCAUAAAGGUUACUGACCCGUGAGGAACUUCUGGCUUGUGUCACUUCCAGUGCUCCCCUGUGGACUGAGCAGGUUCUGCUAAAUUUGUCAAGCUUAUGCUUAAGUAGUGAUUUUUGACCCAUAACCUUAUCUUUAUUCUGUUUUGACUGCAUCAUUGUUUUAUAAAUGUAUUUUGUGUACAAACUGUACAAAACAGUGCUAGUUUUUUUUUUUAAUUUCUAUUUAAUUUUUUUUUUAGCAUCCCACAUCGGUUUCAGGUAUAAGAUAGCAAUAGCAAUUGAAAUAAUGUCUAUCUUGUUUCUUACAGUCUUGUUUGCUUGUAAAUUUUAUGAAAAGGCGUAAAAAAAAAAAAAAUCCUCAUAAGAGCUAUAAAAUAAAGUUCAGCCAAUAUGAAUGUUACAACACUGGUGAGCUACCUUUUAAAGAUGAAAAUUAGAGUGUUAAGUUAUCUCCAACAUUUUUAGGUUUUUUUUUUUAGACCUGUACUACAGCCAGACACUAGAGGGAGCACCAAGUGUUUCUGUUUUGAUUUUAGGGAACUGCCAUGAGGUCCAUCAUUUUAUACAGUCUUUGGACAUAACUUAAAGGAAGUCAGUGGAUCAAUGAAGAGGCUGAGGCCUGAACCUGUGCAACCAGAAAGACUCAUGAUUAUCAUGAUCAUAAUCGUGCUUUACAGUGGGUUCUCUACAGCCAUAACUUGGACUGUGGAUUGGGGUCUUUAGCUCCACAAAUUCUGAUGAUAGUAUCAUAAAAAUUAAAAGAUAAAAGACUCAACUUUAAAAUCCACAAGAAUGUUUUACACACAUUGGAGAAGUCAAAGAAGGGAUCAUAAUUUCAUUAUGAGGUGUUAAGUCCAACCUUUGUUGACCUCACCUGCUUCCUCUUCCUGUGGGCGAGGCUUAAAGGCCAUCAUCUAGCUGUGGGUCCUCAAACAAACUGACCAAAUUUAAGUAAGUUUCUCUUUGAAAAUUACUGUCAAAGAAAGUUUGUGUUAAUAUGUUGACCCAGUUAUAAAACAAGCUGUCUUAGUUAUAGCAAUUAAAAUUAAUUAAAAGAAAAAGCAUUUGUUUCAGACCCUGACAUUAGAUUAUGGUUUUAUGUCUCUCUCUUCUUGUUUUUUAGUUAUUUUCUCUCUAUAUUUUUCACAAUUCUUCACCCCUAAACAUGUGAUGAAAUCACAUAUGGACUUCAUUGUAGUGACUGUGGCAGCAAAAGACUUGACACACUUUUCUGAAUGUCUCCUGUGUAAAUACAGCCUGUCUUUACUGUUGUUCCUCUUCAUCUCUCAGUGUCUGGUUCCCAGGUACAUCAGGGUCAUGUGUAUUAAGGGGUCACAUGUUUUACAACCUGCUGCCUCCCCACAUCGUGACAGCAGGGGAGCUGAGGGUGAGUCUGGAGGUGAGCAUGCUCUGAAAGUAGACCAUGUGGAGACAGAGACGGGAAGAUCACUGACGGUUUUUCCACCUCUGCACUGGAGUGUGACAGCGCACCUGCUGAGAGCAACAACCACCCUGGAUGUCUGGUUUUUAUCAAAUAAGGGGGUCGGGUGGUAA